AUGAAAAAUUAUAAUUAUCUCUUUAAGUAUAUUAUUGUGGGAAGCACUAGUGAGUAAUUUUAUUAUUGAUGAAGGUGUAGGAAAAAGUUGUUUGCUUCUACAAUAUGUUGAACAAAAAUUUAGAAAUGCUUACCAAGUCACGAUGGGAGUAGAAUUCGGAACCAAUCUUAUCAAAUCUAAUGGUCAUGUUAUUAAGUUAUAUAUAUGGGACACUGUAAGUUAGUUAUAGCUUAUAAUAGGCUGGAUAGGAAUCCUUCUCUUCCAUGAUUCGAUCAUAUUAUAGAAAGUAUAUUUAGAUUAAAAUUAGUGCUAUUGGAUGUGUAUUGGUCUUUGAUUUGACAGACAGAAAAUCAUUCGAGUCCUUAGUCAAAUGGCACAAUGAAGUGUUGAGUUGCACUGGCAAUGACAUUCAAAUAAUUAUUGUCGGAAAUAAAAGUGAUUUACAGAAUAAGUAUGUUCUUUCCAUAUUAAAGUCAGUCGGGAAGUUCAAGAAAGAGAAGCUUUGGAUCUUGCCAAAAGGUUCAAUGGAAAAUAUGUAGAAUCAUCUGCAUUAACAGGAUCUAAUGUUGCCCAGAUAUUUGAAAUUCUGACGGAAUAGAUACUUUUGGAAAUCUAAAGUGGUAAAAUUGAUCCACAAAAUGAAGUAUAACAAAUCUCUAUCAAAGAUUUAUGGGAUAAAAAUAGGUGAUUUUGAAAAGAGAAGAAAUUCAGAAUUUGUCCCUAAAACCUAAAGGCAGUCGGUUUAAGUGAGUUAUCCAAUUCAAUCGCAAAAGUGGGAGUGUUGUUGAAUAGUUG